AUGCAAGGCGCUGAGAUGGCAGAGAAGAUUCAGAUCAUGGGCUCGACGCCUGUCGAGGAGGAGCCCCUCUAUGGGCUCACGUACCUGCCGCGAAAAUUCAAGGUAGCUGUGGCAAUCCCUCCGAGCAACGACGUGGACCUCUUCGCGCACUGUGCAGGCUUCAUUGCCAUCAUCCAGAACGGCAAGUUGCUAGGCUUCAAUGUGGCUGUUGGUGGUGGCCUUGGCUUCACCCAUAACAACCAGAAGACUCAUCCUCGACUUGCGGACGUGAUCGGCUUCUGCAAACCCGGCGAUGCGAAGUAUGUAUGCGAGUGCAUCCUCACCGUCGCUCGUGACUUCGGUGAUCGUACAGGGCGAAAGCAUGCACGGGUGAAGUACACCGUCGAAGACUAUGGCCCAGAGUGGUUCAAGGAGCAGGUGGAGGAUCGUCUGGGAUUCAAGCUUGAGCCUGCCAAGCCUUACAAGUUGGAGCACCGUGGCGACCUGCACGGCUGGGUGAAGGCCAGCGAUGGCACCUGGAGCUGCGGCCUUCUUGUCCCCAUCGGCCGAGUCAAGGAGAGCACGCGCGUGUGCAUCCGCAAGAUCGCCGAAGAGCUGAAGGGCAAGGAGAAGGGUGGUUUCCGCAUGACGUGCAACCAGUCCCUGGUUCUGGAGAACAUCUCCGAGGCCAAGAGACCGGUCAUCCAGAAGCUUCUGGAUGAGUACCAAGUGAUGCACAGCAAGGAGACAACAGUCAGUGGUCUUCGCCGCAACAUGGUUGCGUGCGUCGCCCUGCCAACGUGUCCACUGGCCUUCGCCGAGGCAGAACGGUACCUGCCAACCCUGGUGGAGCGCCUGGAGGCUGUAGCCGACAAGGUUGGUCUUGGCCAGGAAGACAUCGUCAUCCGGAUGACUGGCUGCCCAAACUCCUGCGGCAGGCCUUCGAUGGCAGAGAUUGGCUUCAUUGGAAAGGCACCUGGCACCUACAACAUGUACCUAGGUGCGGAUUUCGUGGGCCAGCGCUUGAACACACUCUUUGCGGAGUCCGUCAAUGAGGACCAGAUUAUCCAGAUCUUGACACCAAUUUUCGGCCGCUUCGCACAGGAGCGGGAGAAAUGCGAAAAGUUUGGAGACUUCCUGAUCCGCAAGCUGAUCGUCAAGCCGAUGAACAACGGCCGUGACUGGUGGACGACCCCGGAGGUCUGA